GAUAUCGGCGACCUGACGGCUUCUUAGAGAAAUCUAGCAGGUCAGGCCCUGGGAAAUCUGUGUUUGGACAGCCCUCCGGAGGAUAUCAAUGAGCGCAGUCUGUUGUGAUACCCAUCAGUGGCGCAUCAGGUUUAACUCUGGCCUGUCCAUAUCUUUAGUUACUCCCGUUUUUGCUGUUGUUAUAUCUUCUUUUGCUUUCACCUUGUGGACGCUUUUUGCAGGCUUACAUUUCUGGAUUUGGCUACAUACUAUUGAGCUUUAUGGUGGCUACCUCUCACUCGUUCUUCGAACUCACUACGCUGCAAAACCUUGUUAAAUAUCAUUUGCAAUAUGCUUUGUCUUUCGGAUAGGGCGAUUUAACACAGUAUUUUGGGUUUUCGUACAGUAUAUAUAUCAUAAGAUAAUUGAUGGCAAGCCCUAGUGCAAGCA